AUGUCUACAUUCUUUGAUCAACUGAAGAGAUCCUUCACCGAAGUGGAAGUUACUGACAAUAAAAUCAAUACCAGUGAGUUCUUGGAAGCCGCCGAGUCACUCGUCAAGUUGUUUGACCUCUUGGGUUCUUCAGCUUUCUCUGUAGUUCAAAGUGAUAUGACAGGAAACAUCACCAAAAUCCGUAAUAAGUUGUUAGAAAACCCAGCUGCUAACGGAACAUUACAAGACUUGGUCCUUGCAGAAGCUGCUGGUAAAUCCAAGACUGCCACCCAAGGAUUGCUCUGGUUGUCGCGUGGUUUGCAAUUUACCAGCCAAGCUAUGAGAGAAACUGUCAACAAUCCAACCACCGAAUUGACCAAGACUUUCACUGACGCUUAUUCUAAAACUUUAUCCAAAUAUCAUGGUAUGAUGAUCAGACCAAUCUUCAAGUUGGCCAUGAAAGCAUGCCCAUACAGAAAGGACUUUUUUGAAAAGUUGGGUGCAGACCAAGACAAAGUCAACCAGCAAUUGGAAGAGUGGUUGAAGGCUUUGGAGAACAUUGUCCAAAUCAUCAUGGAUUUCUUUGCCUCUGGUAACUAUGGUAAGGGUUUAUAG